CGGGGCAGAAUAGAUGGGCGUUCUUCCGAUGCAUGACAGUUGACACACUCUCACGGAGCACGGAUGGGACCAGGCAUUAUUGCUGUACCUGUCAUAUACCAAUCCAACAAAGACGCUACACUGGAGCCGUUCUCAGUCGUCUUCCAUCCAUCCGCCUGCUAAUUUCCCCUCCCAGAAGCCACCACGCCGUCCAUAGAUUUCAGCUGGUUACGCCUCCCGGGACACUGAGUGCUAAAGCCUACUCGGCGACCAGCGUCGCAGGUAUUCACAAGAACUGCUUCAUGCCCUGACUAUACACAGCACCUGCUUCCACCGGCCUCUGCAGCUGACGUCCAGCGGCCGCCCUGGCAAGUGACUGCUCAGUGGUCAGCUUCUUGUCCAGUUUGCCGAUCAACAACAUCAGGCAGUGGAGGUGAACUAUCUUUGCACUUGCAACAACAGGAGGGGACGGAUUGUAGUAGUGAAGAGCAUACAGAAAGAGAAGAUGGAGUUUGUAGUGGGUGCUUCGGAAGCUACCAUGAAGUCUCUCCUAGGCAAGUUGGGCAGCCUCCUUGCCCAAGAGUACUCUCUGAUCCGUGGCGUCCGUGGUGACAUCCAAUACAUCAAUGAUGAGCUCGCCACCAUGCAAGCCUUUCUUGGCGACCUUGGUUCUGCCCUGGACGACCAUGAUCGUCGGCUCAAGAGCUGGAUGAAGCAGAUCCGUGACAUGGCAUACGACAUGGAAGACUGUGUCGAUGACUUUGCUCAUCGCCUCCCUCAAGACUCCCUCAGCGAUGCAAGAUGCUCCUUCAUCAUGACGGCAGUCUAUGAGGUGUGGACAUUUUGGCCUCGCCGCGACAUUGCUUCCAAGAUUUCUAAGCUCAAGAUCCGGGCGCAACACAUUGCUGAGCGGCGCAGCAGAUAUGGAGUGGACAACCCAACAAGAAGCAGCUCUAGAACCGAAGCAACCCAUGCUGUUACGUAUGUCAUUGCUGAGCAUCUGAUGGCGAGACGUCAGCUCAUCCACACGGAGAAUCCUGUGGGAGUGAAGGUCGAUAUGGAUAAGCUCAGGGGUUGGCUAACCAAACAAGAUAAAGGAUCACAUCGAGUUGUUGUGUCCUUGAUUGGAUUCGGGGGUGUGGGAAAGACCACCAUUGCCAUGGCACUGUACCGAGAUUUCAGGAAUGGAUUUGAUUGUCGUGCGUCAGUCACGGUGUCUCAGAACUUCGACGAAGAUGAGGUCCUCAGGGAUAUUCUUGGUCAAAUCAAGGCAACAGAUAGUCAAACCAAACAAGAGGAGGAGCAUGAGGACAACAUCACAGGGAAGUUGGAGAAGAAAAAUCUAGUUGCAGACAUUAAAAGUUCAGUGAAGCGAAUUGUGCCACUGCUCUCUGGUCACAGGCUGCAAAGCAAUGAUGGCACCACGCAUAGUAAGAUAGAAACAAUGAACCGUGACCAACUUAUUGUAGAACUCAGAAAGAGACUGCUUGGAAGGAGGUAUCUCCUCUUGAUUGAUGAUAUAUGGUCUGUAGAAACAUGGGGGGCCAUUAGACAAUGGUUGCCACAUGAUAAUAAUAAUGCAACAGAUAGUAGAGUAAUAGUAACUUCAAGAUUUCAAGCUGUUGGUGCAGCGUGCUCAGAAAGAACUGGGACUGAUUAUCUCCAUACAGUAAAUGUUCUAAGUGAUGCUGAAUCCAAAAGUCUAUUUCAUCAGGGUAUUUCUGAAUCCCAAAGCAAGGAAGAAAGUGAAAGAAAGGACGCAAGAUCUCAAGCUGUUGGUACUGAGUCCUCCGUAGGAGAUGGUAAUGCCGAUGCCAAAAAUCUGUUUAAUCAUAUUUCUGGUGCACAAAGCAGCAAAGAAGGCGAAAGAAAGGAUACAAGAUCCAAAGUUGUUGAUACUGAGUCCUCUGAGGGAGAUGGAAUUGAUCAUCUGCAAUCAGCUGAUGUUCCUAGUGUGCUUAAUAAUCGUGUUUCUGAUCAACAAAGUAGUGAAGGAAAGGAGAAAGAAGAGAUAUGGAAAUAUUGUGGGGGCCUGCCUUUGGCCAUAGUCACCAUGGCUGGCCUUGUGGCCUGCAACCCCAAAAAAAACAAUGAUCAUUGGAGUAAAGUUUGCAAGUCAAUAUUUCCAGAGCAGGUGGCUCCCCUUACAUUGGAGGGGGUCUCAAGGAUACUUGAUUAUUGCUACAAUGAUUUGCCAGCAGAUCUCAAGACCUGCUCAUUGUACUUGAGCAUAUUCCCCAAGGGCUCAAAAAUUAGUAAGAAGCGUCUGACCCGGCGAUGGAUAUCUGAAUGCUUUGUCGCUGAGAAGCAAGGGCUGAGUGCAGAGGAAGUCGCAGAAACAUACUUCAAUCAGCUUGUAAGCAGGAAGAUAAUACGCCCUGUGGAUCACAGCAGCAAUGGGAAGGUAAAAUCUUUCAAAGUUCAUGACAUGAUUCUUGAAUAUAUCGUGUCCAAGUCAAGCGAAGAGAAUUUCAUUACUGUUGUUGGUGGACAUUGGUUGAUGCCAACUCCUAGCAACAAAGUCCGUCGACUCUCCAUGCAAAGCAGUGGUUCCAAGCAUGAGAAUUCAACAAAAGGCAUGAACUUGUCUCAAGUGCGGUCAUUGACAGUGUUUGGAAGCCAGAACAGACGACUCCCUUUCCAUUCAUUCAAUAAUGGAAUAAUACAAAUGCUAGAUCUUGAGGGUUGGAAGGGUUUGACAGAUAAACAUCUAAAGGGCAUAUGCAAAAUGCUUGUGCUGAAGUAUUUGAGCCUCCGACGAACAGAGGUUACUGAGAUUCCCUCAAAGAUUGAAAAGCUCCAGUAUCUAGAAACUCUUGACAUAAGGGAGACCAAUGUCGAAGUGUUGCCCAAGGCUUUUGGACAGCUCAAACGGCUCCGUAGCAUGCUUGGAGGGAGUAAAAAUCCACGGAAGGCACUGAAGUUGCCAGAUGAGAAAAAUAAGGAGCCGAUGAAAGCCCUCUGUAUACUCUCAGGGAUUGAGAUCGGCGGGGACUCAUCAGCUGUAGCAAGCCUUCAUCAGCUGACAGGCCUAAGGAAGCUUGGCAUUUACAAGCUCAAUAAACGGAAAGGCGACCAGACCUUCACACAGUUACGCUCCGCCAUUGAAUACCUCUGCAGUUGUGGUCUGCAGACUCUUGUAAUAAAUGAUGAGAGCUCUGAAUUUAUUAACUCCUUGGACACCAUGUCUGCUCCUCCAAGGUACAUCAUUGGCCUAGAGCUGUCUGGCAAGAUGGAAAAGCCCCCAAAGUGGAUAGAAAAUCUCGAGAACCUCUUCAAGCUGACCCUUUCUAUGACCGUUCUCAAGACUGAUACUUUCAAGCUCAUCCAGAAACUGUCCAAAUUGUUUUCUCUCACCUUUACACUCAGUGCACCAAAGGAUGAUCGGGACAUAGUGGACAUCCUUCAGGAAAAUAAACAGCUUACUGGUAGGGAGAUCAUUAUUCCACCUGGAGGAUUCAAGAAUCUAAAGCUGCUUCGCUUCUUUGCAACUCUGGUGCCAAGGCUGAGCUUUGCAGUCACUGGAGAAGAGGUAAUGCCAACACUGGAGAGGAUCGAUAUGCGGUUCCAAGCCUUUGAAGGGAUCUACGGCAUAGAGACUCUUAAAUGUCUCCAGGAGGUGCAUCUCAGUGUUGGUAAUCAAGCGGAUGAAAUAACUAAGUUGUUGGUACAAGAUUUGAAGGACACCCCCAAGUACUUGGAUGAAAUGUACGCCAGCAAGUGGCCAAAGAUAAUCACCGAGUGAAGAGAUUGGAAUAUGUCACAUUAUCUUUCAGUUGACCAACAAAUCAUCUGGUACGUGUUCUAUAAUUAAGUGGGGGUUAUUUCAUCAAGUCUGUGUUGCCUUCUCGGGGGCUAAAUAAACAGACUGCAUCCAUUAUUGAUUCUUGUAAUGCAUAUGUAUGUGGUACUGCUGAAUCCGUCACUGAUUCUUGUACUUUGUACUUCUAUUGUAAUGUUUCUUCCAUUAUUGAUCUUUUUGAACUUACCCCGUGUUCGAUUAUGGUGUGUGUAUAUCCCACAGUAUGUGUUUGACUGAGAUUUCUGUACCCUAUAUUUAACUAAAUAGCA